AGGCUCUUAAAUUUUAUUUUAAAGAGAUGAUAACACUAGGUCAGCACAACAGCAAAUCAUUAAAUUGCAAAAUGUCAUUAUUAACACUGCACCAGAAGUAACACCACUCUAACACAAAUCCUGUGGAAUCUGCAAUUUGGCCAAAGGACACUAAUUGCCACGCACCCACGAUGAAGCUGGAAUUCUGUGAAAAAUCAUUGCAUUCUGGGCAAAGAGCUUUAAAAAUUAGUAAGGCAGCAAAGACCAGAAUACAAAGGCAGGGUGAGAUAUAGAGAAAAAAACGAUGAGGGAAAAAAGAAGUUCUUUAGAAGUCGUGCAGAGACAUCCCAGUUCAUGCUACUUCCUCCCUGCGAGCGCAGCAUGACCUAUAUAUUCUGCUACUUCUGACCAUCUGUAAAAACUGACAUGUACCGUAUGCAGCUGUAUUGGCAGAGUUUCCCAAAACACUAUUUCAAUAACUCAUUUCCAGGAUUGGAACAGAUUUGCCGAGAAUAAACUACUGGCUAAGUCGAGCCUUAUGGACCUGUGAUAAGAGAGUCUCUGCGGCUGCUGCAUCCACAGCAGGAGCAACAUAUCUGGGGUGCACUGUCUUUCCAGGGGGAAAUAGGACACUGAAACUUAGACAGCUAAGAGGACAAAAUCAAGAACCCUUGGAAACUGGGUGAAAAAAACAUCUCAUAUCAAGUUCGAUCUGGUUUCUCAAAUCUUUUUUGAGAUGUUUUCAUAUGGAAAUUCUGUGCAACCAACGUACAAUGACACGUCACCUGUUGAGUAAAAUGCAAGGAUCAUUAGUAACAAAUGAUUAGUUUAUCAGUGUAAGCAUAAAAAAAAUAGUAGGUUGAACUUGACGGACUUUAUAAAAUCUGAACUCCCGUAAUUAUGUAAAUAUUAUUUCCUCAACCACGUUUUAUAAACAAACCCAUAAAAACUCCCUACAUGCAAGACAAGCUUACUCAUUUGUUUUCAACCAUUCUUUUAAAAAAUGUAUCCGUUCCGAAAUUCCUCUGAAAAUACAUCACACAGCCAUUGCCUUUUCAAUUCAACUUUAACCAGCCGAGUCCUCCCCGUUUUCUACAGCUUGGCUUUUAUUGUAAGCCUCGUUUUAAAUGGACUGAAUUUUUGGAUUUUCUUUUACGUCCCCAGUAACAGGAGUUUCAUUGUUUACUUGAAAAACAUUGUUGUUGCUGAUCUUCUGAUGACACUGACACUUCCACUGAAAAUCCUUAGUGAUGUGGACCUGGGAUCCCCCAUGUUGAACAUGAUAGUCUGUCGCUACACGGCUGUCCUUUUCUACUUAAAUAUGUACAUAGGAAUUAUGUUUCUGGGCAUUCUUGGUUUGGAUAGGUACUAUAAGGUGGUGAGGCCAAUGUAUUCUUCUUCUGUCCAAAAUGUCAGAUACAGUAAGGCUCUAUCGGCUAUUGUGUGGAUGUUUAUGGCUUUUGUUUCAGUCCCUAACACAAUUUUAACUGAUAGACCUUUUCAUUCUGAUAACUAUACCAAUUGCGCUCAGCUUAAAAGUCGACUUGGAAUACAGUGGCACCAAGCCUCUAAUUAUAUUUGUGUAAGUAUAUUUGUGCUUGUGUUUGUCCUAUUGGUUAUAUUCUAUGUUUCCAUUUCCAGGACAAUAUACAAAUCCCAUCAAAGGUUUAAAAACGGUUCCAACAUGAAGACCAAAUCCAAUCGAAAUAUAUACAGCGUUCUGUUUGUUUUCUUUGUGUGUUUUGUCCCCUAUCAUGCUUUCCGUAUUCCAUAUACAUUAAGUCAGGUUGGGGAUGAUUAUAGUUGUUCAUUAAAAAAUAUCUUGUAUUCUGUAAAAGAAGUGACAUUGCUGCUAGCAGCUUCCAAUGUCUGCCUGGACCCCAUCAUAUAUUUUUUCAUGUGUCAACCAUUUCGAAAAAUGUUAUUUAAGAAACUGCACUUGAGGUUGGGAGAGAAGGAGCAAAAUAAGACAUGUAGAGUGUCUUCUACUAUGCCUGGGAUAUCACAGUGAGUUCUAAGGCAAACAUGACAGUCAUAGACAAGGUGACAAUAUAGAAAACUUAAUUUUUGUAUAUGCCCCAAUUUAACUGUUUUUUCAAAAUAAAUGUGUUCUUUUCUUUUUUUUUGUUUUUGUAGAGCCAAUAACUGUCCAUUUUACAAACAUGCUCAGAUUAUAGAAUUGCAGACAAAGACUAUGCACUGCACCUAAUUCUAAAAGAUAAAUACAGAGUACGCUAUUGUGGAAAAUGUUUAAUUCCGUGAUGGCUAAAGCGGAUAAAUCUAAUGUAUUUCACAUUUAAACAUAACUACCUAUAUGAACAUAGUAUCACAUCCUCUAGCAUAAAAUACAUACCCAAUAAAUCUAGGUAUUGAGGGCCAGACAAUGAUGGGGUCACCAACAGCUAUAUAAGCUGUACCCAAAUAUGUAAAUACACACAUAUAACAUAUAUAUAUAUAUAUGUGUAAAUAUAUUUAUGUUUUAAAGUGGACCUGUCACCCAGACAUAAAAAU